AUGUGCAAACAUUUUGAGGAAGGUUUCAAUGAAGAAAUCAAGCUGUUGAUUGGGAUUCUUGAGAUACAAGAGUUAGCUGCAUUAGCUAAUCGGUCCAAAAAGGCCGAGGAGCUCAAUAAUGAAAGAAAGCAAGCAAAGGAUAUUCGAGUAGAACGAGAGGCUCCAAAAGACGCAAUCAGAAGUCUUCCUCCCGAUGAGUGGAAUGAAGAAGAAGUGGAAGUAGCCCCGAAGUUUAGUGCUCCCAUUACACGAGGUAGACCUCCUAGAUAUCUUGGAAGUGCUAGUGGAAGUCGAGCUAUGACUGCAGACGCUACAAAAUCAGAGGCUCAAGCCCCAGCAAGAACGUAUGCAAUACGUGCUCGAAAAGAAGCCUCUGCUCCUGACUUGAACAAGGUAAUUAUCAAGAAUAAGUAUCCUUUGCCAAGGAUUGAUGACUUGUUCAACCAGUUGAGAGGAGUCACUGUGCUCUCUAAGAUAGACUUGAAGUCCGGCUACUAUCAGUUACGAGUUAAGGAAUUGAACGUGCCUAAGACAACUUUUAGAACGAGGUAA